AUGGUUAACUUGUUCUUCCUUUACAUCGAGCUGGUGGAGCAGCACGGCACAUCAGCAUCGCUCUACGCACAUACAAUCAAAGCGGAGCCGGUCUGUGUUCUCAUCAAACAGCCUCAGGCUGGAAGAAUUCAGAUCGAUGGCCGUUCUGGCGAUCAGCAGUUGACUUAUGCAGUUGUUGAUGAACUGCGCGACAUCGUUUCACCUUGA